AUGCAUGGGACGAUUCCUAUUGAGAAUCGUCUGCAAGUGUGCGUUGUGGUUGCGAGUUCGAUAUCGAUUUCGAUUGUGGUUAUUGCGGUGGGCUUGAGGCUUGUUGCUAAGAGGAUACGGAAUCGUGUUGAUGGGAGCGAUUGGUGUAUCGUUGUUGCUUGUCUGUGGAAUGCGGCUUUGCACGGGACAUGCAUUUCGCUGGUUACACACGGCGGACUUGGAUUCCACACUGCGGAAGUCAUGCAGCGGUUUGGACCGGGGACGACUACGUAUUUCUUCAAGGGAAUCAUGACCUUCUCAAUGCUCUGGAACGCAACCGUAUGCUUCAGUAAACUCUCAGUCUUACUCAUGUACUCGGCCUUAAUCCCCACACCCACGAUGAUACGAAUGAGCGUCGCUUUCGGCGCCUUCAUCGUAGUAUGGUGUUCCGCAAACAUCAUGGCCGCAUUCCUCAUCUGCCGGCCACUGGCGCGAAACUGGGACUUCACAGUGCCCGGAACAUGCGGAAGUCAACCAGACUUUUACUUUACAAUGGGCAUCAUUAAUCUCAUCACCGACGCCGUGCUCAUCGGAAUGCCCAUGCCAUAUCUCUACAAACUUGCAAUGCCAAUGCGCAAGAAACUCCUCGCCAUGGGUCUUCUCAGCAUCGGAAUAGGCACCUGGGCCAUAACCAUCUACCGCCAAACCGUCCUCCCGACCCUCGACUUCGCAGACAUGACCUACAGCGGCGUCCUCGCCACCAUACUCUCCGGCCUCGAACCCGCCGUCGCCAUCGUCCUGGCCUGCGUCCCCCUUCUGCGCCCUCUGUUCGGCAAAUCGCGCCACAACCUCGACUCCGGGUACCAAUGCGGCAGCAGCAGCGCCAAGCAAAUCAGCUUCAUGUCGAAACGAGGUGCGGGCGCAUCGCGAGGUUUGGAUCCGACAGCUACGUUUUCCGAACUAGUGGAUCAGACGAAAAAUUCGUCGCAGAUUGAGUUGAGGCCGGUUGAGGGGAUACAGCGGGUUUGUAUUUCGUCGGAUGAGGAGAGGGGAAAGGAGGAGAGGGGCAAGAUGAUGGGAAAGGGGGGUGUGUCGCCGAGGACGAUUAGUGUAGAGAGGAUGUGGGAGGUUAGGAGUAAUUGA